AUGGCUACUAUAACAAAUCUGCCAACAGCAGAAGACACCAACCCCACGGGUGACGACUCUCUAGCCGCUGCUCUCGAAGCGCAGCAAUAUCUCGACGCUCGCCUCAACCCAGCGCCGACAUCAACAUCUACGGCGACAGCGACAAAACCCUUUCGCUCAAUCCCAAUUAUCGAUCUCGCGCCCUCCUUCUCAGGAUCCCUGUCCGAUCGCCAGUCAGUAGCCAGUCACAUCCAUGAGGCAUGUACCACCGUAGGAUUCUUCUACGUCACCGGCCACGGCAUUCCAAAACCCCUCUGUAAUGCGACUCUGCAACUCGCUGAGCGGUUCUUUCAUGAAUUGCCACAGGCUUCGAAAGAUGCAAUCCAUAUUAGGAAUUCCAAGCAUUUCCGAGGCUACGAACCUCCUGCCUUUACAUCGGUGAACAGUUUCACCACCAAGGAGACAAAGGAGGCUUUCAACUGGGGAUACGAGGCUGGGUUGGACCCCACGGGCGGCGAUGGAGGCUAUGUGGAAUUGGAUGGUAGUACAGAUGGCAGCAAAAACCAAUGGCCAUUGGAGGCGGAGCUGCCGGGGUUCUACGAGGGCAUUGCUGAGUACUACCGUGAGGUGAACAAACCUCCCUCAAAUCCCCUCCAAUUCUUGCUAAGUUUGAUUUUGCAGGUUUUACAACUUUGUCGUCACCUAUGUCACCUCUUCGCCCUCUCUCUUAGCCUACCAGAAAAUUAUUUCGAUCCCCUUGUCACGCACCCUGGAGGAAUAGCCCGCCUCAUAAGAUAUCCGCCAAGCUCCAACCCAAAACCCCUCUCCUCAGUCACCGAAGACGAAGAAAUCGGCCUAGGCGCACACUCAGAUUACGAGUGUUUCACUCUCCUCCUCCAAGACUCCAAUCCGGGAUUAGAAAUCCUGAGUUCAGACGGACAUUGGAUAAGUGCCGAACCCGUCGAUGGCGGGAUCGUAGUCAAUGUUGCAGACUUCCUAAUGCGCUGGACUAAUGAUAAAUAUAAGAGCACGGUACAUCGAGUGGUAAAUCGCACGGCGAAGGAGAGAUAUAGCAUUCCUCUGUUUUUUUCGAUUAACUAUGAUGAUAAGGUCGAGACACUGCCCUCUUGCGUGAGCGAGGAUAAUCCGUCGAAGUAUCAACCCAUUACGGCGGGCAGGUAUGUUUUAGAUAGACUGAACUUGACGGUGAAGACUGGCAAGUAUUGA